UCGCCCUGUACACACGUCUUAAAAUAUACGCGUGUGUCGUGCUCGUGCGGCCCGGGAGUGGUGCCGGUCAUAUGGCCGAGAAAAAUCAAUAAGCAUGUGCGCGACCGCGUUCAACGGGGUAGUCUUCUGUGUGCACGCUGCGGUGUAACAACUGCAACCGCGAUUGCGACAUAGCCGCGGUCAGGUAUAUAACCAUUAUAACCGCGUGCGACCAUUGCUGACCGACGACGACGACGACGACGACUGCAAAACAAAUCGUAUUUCGGUAUGACGUGCCCACACAGUUUCUUCUAGCAACCGUCCGCCAGUCGAAACCCGUACGCGCGCGAUAUUAUGACCACGUCGCUGCCACAGCUGCUGCUGCUGCUGCCCGAGUCUCGUCUCCCCGACCGGAAACAGUCGUCGACGAGAUCAACGGCGUUUGCGUCUGCGACGGCACGCGACAUUAUGAUGAUGAUAUAGUGUAUAGUGUCAUAAUAUAAUAUUAUUCAUCGGGUUUCGCGUGUCCUCGAGGAUCGCGUCCAUGUCAGGCGAGCCAUGAGGCUCAUUAUCUCAUGUCAUGGUGGUAGUGAGAGUGCAGAGAGCCCGGGUAUUUCGCUACACGCCGACCGCAAAGAUCUGGGCAUGGACAGUCAAGGUGCUUCCGUUCGUUUUGGUGUUGCUCGUCGUUUUCGCCAUGUGCUUCAUAGCUAUAACUCGCGCUCCAGCUUUACAAAAACGAAAUUCUCUGAAGGUCAACAGCUUACAUGUGGCAAAAUUAAAACCAGAUCCAGCUAGCAGUGCACAGAAUAAAGAUUUCCAGUUAGAACGUUUGUUGAAGUCAAAGCCACCAAACCUUCACUUGUUCGUCACUCAGUUGAAGAACGAAGCUAACGGAUAUUGUUCGGGAAAAUUAGCGGAGUUGCAAAGGAAUGCAGAAAAAUCAAAUAUAAUUUCAGAAAGAUUAGAACCAUGUCGACCAAAACCAUGGUGCCCAAAAAUACCACCAGUGUUAUACGGUGCUGAGAAAUUGGAUAGCGUCGCCGUUAAUAUGACCGAAGAGGAAAUAGUGGACGCGGUUGGAUCAAUGGGCGGGGGCGGUUCUUGGGCACCGGAUGAUUGUAAAGCAAGACACUCGGUGUGCAUCAUCAUACCAUACAGGGACAGAAAAGAUCAUUUAUGGACAUUGUUGUACAGGCUAAUACCGGUGUUGAAAAGACAACAGUUGGAUUUCAAAAUAUUUGUCGUCGAACAGGUCAGCAAUGUAACGUUCAAUAAAGGGGCAAUUAUGAAUGCGGCUUUUUUGACGAUUUAUCGUACGUACGGCCUACGUGGUGAGGGUGAUUGGCAUAAAGGGCUGUACGGCUGCUAUGUCUUCCAUGAUGUGGACAUGUUGCCAGAGGACGACAGAAACAUGUACAGUUGUCCGGAAUUUCCCAGACACUUGUCGGUGGCCGUCAACGAAUUUAAAUAUCAAUUACCUUACCACAAGUUGGUGGGCGGCGUGUUCAACAUAAGACCGGAUCAUUACUUCCUCGUCAACGGCUACUCGAAUCUGUUUUGGGGUUGGGGUGGUGAAGACGACGAUAUGGGAUAUAGGUUGGAACAGGUCGGCUUGCCGAUCACCCGGCCACCAGAGCGGUUGGCCCGGUACACGAUGGUCAAACACGUGAAGCGCAAACCCCUCGCCCACGCCGUCCGACUCAAGUUGGUGCACACCAGCCAGAAACGUUACAGGGCCGACGGGCUGAACACGCUCAAGUACGAAGUUUUCAGGGUGGACACCGAGAAAUUGUACACCCGGAUAUUGGUGGGUGUCGGCGACAUGCCCGAAUACGUCCGAUCGUUCGAGGUCGGCCGGCGGACCACCACCACGGUGCAGAACAAGAGGUGGAAGUGACCGAGCACCACUUAUAAUAAUAUAAUAUAAGAUAUGAUAUGCCGAGUAUGAUAUGUGGGUACUGGGUACGUUCAUUAACUGGAUCGUCUGUAACCCUAGGCUAGUCCCUAGCCAGUAUAUUCGUGAUGCAGUGCGAAUAUUUCAGUGCAGUUCGUUUUUUUUUUUUUAAUGACAUACUAUUAUCAUCCCAUCAGGGAGGCCAUUUUAGUCAUAUUGUAUCGUAUAAAAAAAAAAAAAAUUGCACUUAAAAAGUAUUCGCACUACAUUUUGCAGAACUAGGGUUACUAUUAUACUCCGCGUUUAAUUAACACACUUUAUAUUAUGACCUAUAUAUCAUAUUAAUAUGACCUUAUAUAUUUUAUACUUCUGUAAUACUGUUAUAUAGUGUAUAUCAUGCCGCGUAUAAUAAUUAUAUUGUAUGCAUAUACCUAUAAUAUAAUGCGCAACGACGUGGCGGCAUGGGCGGGUCCAGGGGUCGGAAUCCUAGAAUUUUUUUCAUUAGUAGAAAAAUUUAUCAGUAGUAAAUAUUGGCUCUAAUAUUGUAUCAAGAAUGAUUUUGUAUUUUUGUUAAAAUAUUGAAAACAACUGUGCAUCCCCCCUCUCCGCCUAUUUGUUUUAAGUUGGGGCCUUUUUGAUACGUACGUAUUGAUAUUAUAUCGUUGAGUAUAUAGAUAGUUUUUAUACAUAUUAUAGAAUGUAGCAGGCCCUAUCCUAAAGAUUUUUUUAUUUUUGUCCAAUGUACAGUGGGAUGUGUGUUGAUGACUGAUAUUAUGAAGAGGGGGUAGUAGAUGUAAUUCUUAAGAGCCACGACUCACGGGAGUUUAUUAUUUUGAUAUUUUACGAUAUAACAUCAUAAUCAUAUCAUAAUAAAUAGGACCGUGGAUUACGAGGAUGUUGUAAUUGGAAAGCUUAAAGUUAUCUUCGCCCCCUCGAUCACGAAAUUUCCAAACAUAUUGCUAUACAGUAUAUAUUUUUAUUCUUAUUUUAAUAGCGGCGCAGUGGUUAUAUGAUUUGUAAGAAUAGGCAGGCGGUACAGGUGAUUAUUAUAUUCUGACUUAGCCUACACGAUUGUCAAAUCACCGACUGCUGCACUUAUGGUAUUUAAUACCGUCCACUUAGGGUUCUAUUCGGUUUGUUGGAAUAAGGCCUGUUACAUAUUAUUAUUAUAUUAUUACUGUAAUAUUGUUGUAUAAUACUAGUGCUAUCUCUACUCAACAUUAUACUUGGUAGUUAGUGUAAUAUUAUAAUAUAAGUACUAUAUAGGACAGGUCGUGGAUACAGUAUAUCUAAUUACGGCUAUUCUUAUCUGCGUAUAGUAUACCUAAAAAUAAACACUGUUAUGCUAUUUAAGUGCGUACACAUAAAAUGUAAUGUUAAAAUAUGAAUAUAUUUAUACAUUACUAUACGGUAUACAUAAUAUAUUUAUUAUUUAUUUUUGUAUAGGGUUUUUGUACCUGUUGAAACUCGUAUAUAACUAUUAUAUUAUUAUAUAAUAUAAUAAAAUGUAUAUACCUAUCACCUAUAAUCCGUAUAUUUUAUAUUAUGUCGUAGGCCAUUUGAAAAAUUCGACUUUUUAAGCCCAUUGCGACGCUUUGAAUUAAUUAUAACUAUUAUAAGUAUUUUUAGUUCUCCCGAUUACAUCGGUGGAUUUUUAGACCUAUUAUUGCAACGACAUGUUCGGUCUUUUGCGGAAAUAUUUGUAAAAUUGCUUAUUUUUUUUUUUUAACAGAUUCUGACAGGUAUAAUUGUUAAAUAAUAUUAAUCAAGCUAACAAAAUGUCUAUAGAUGUUUUACCAAUAGUAAACGUAAAUAAAAUAGAAAAACCUUAUUAUUAAUACUAUUAAGUAUUAUCAAACAGUAUUAUAUGUAUCACAUUAUCACGUAUGAACUGCAGUUUUUAAAUUACUAUACCUACUUUUUGUUUAUUCGAAUACGUUGUUUUCUCAUUGUGGCUAUUGAAUAGUAGUUAUAAUUUCUACAAUAACGGACUGUCUCAUUGCAAUAAAUGGCCUGAAAUGUCCACGUUUUUUCCAAACGAUAUGCGCGUAUAUAUUAUUAUUAUUAUUAUUAUUAAUUAUUAUUAUUAUAAUACGCCUAUUAUACAUUAUUAUUAUAUUAUUCGUUUGAAUAAAUCGUCCUCCUAUUAUUAUUAUAAUUAAUAAUUAGGUAUUAACUAUUAUAGUUUGGAUACCGUUGUUGAAUUAGCAUAUAAACAGAAUAUGUUUUUUGAAAUUAUGUUAUUUUUAAUAUAUUAUACCGUGUUCUUUAAU